UGUUGCACAGUAAAAGCCAUGUUGCCUAACAACUGUGUCAGACAAGAGGGAAAACUACUUCGGUUGAAUUUAGAAGUCGUUCGCAGAGGAACAACAUCCCCGCCUCCUGAAUGAACAUACAAGCGCCCUGUUUUCCACGCCUCCAAUAAAAAAGAAAAAACGCCAAGAAUUUUGUGAUUUUCACCAGAUGGAUGUGUCGCUUCAGCACGCAAUCUCGUCAGCAAAUAGAAAAUAGCAGUGAUGAUACGUGUGUUAAAAUGGUUGCUGAAAACAUCAUGAUCAAAGAUGAACUUCCCAGUGAGCUGGCAUGGUCCUGAAAGAUAUGGAGGUGGGAAAUCUGCCUGCUGAGCUAUGGCGCCUCAUCUUGGCAUACCUGCCUCUGCCAGACCUGGGCCGCUGCUGUCUGGUGUGCAGAGCCUGGCGUGAGCUUAUUCUGAGUUUGGACAGCACACGCUGGCGCCAGCUCUGUCUGGGUUGCCCUGAAUGCCGCCACCCAAACUGGCCUCUUCGCCCCAACCUGUCUCCGCCCUCCUGGAGAGAGGCUCUCCGUCAGCAUGCUCUUGCCAGCCGUACCUGGACCCAGAAUGGCUCUGAGCUCCACUCGUCUGCCUGCCUCCACCUUUUCCGUCGAAGGAAAGAUCGCAGGGUUUGGCAUGUUGGCACAGUUGCAGGUGGUGGCUAUGAGACUCUCCGGGGGGCACUAGCUGCAGCAGGUCCGUACGAUAAAGUGGUGCUCCAUGCUGGUGUGUAUGAGGAGCAGGUGGAGGUGGCCCUCAAGGUGCCUGUGGAGAUUGUCGGAAUGGGGAAGUUGGGGGAUGUGUCGUUGUUGGUGAGCUUUGAUCAACAAUGCCCAACAGCGAGGCUGUGCAAUUUGGUGUUCAUGCCAGCAUGGUUUUCACCUGUGAUUUAUAAGACGUCCUCCGGUCAUGUCCAGUUGGACAACUGUAACUUUGAGGGCUGUCAGCUGCAUAUUCGAGGGCCAGGGACAUGUCAAGCCCGUUUCUGCUCCUUUGCCCAGGGCAGCUCUGCCCAUUUUCUGGGUGUGGCCAUUAGUUUAAUGGACAGCUGUGAAUUCUCGGGUGGAGACUCUGCAUCUGUAACUGUGGAAGGCACACCGGUAUCUGAACGCAACUGGGCCUGCAAGCACCUGGUUGCCUUGGCCAAGACCUUUGCCAUGAUGACUAGUAAUUGGUCAACGGAACUAUCCAACCAAGAGGGGAAAGAAUGUAUUUACGGAGACACACCCUUAGAGAGUCUUAACACAAUGGAGGACUGGAGUAAACAGGAAGUAGACUGGACCAAGCAGAAAGGAGGAGAUAAUGUUCUUCUUCCAGGUCAGGAUGGCACAGUAAUUGAGGAAGAUGGGAUGGAAACAUCAAGCGAGUCGAGUGAGGAAGACUAUCAAGAAAAUGAGAAAAUCACAGAGCUGCAGAGGGAUUCAGAGGCACGGGAGUUAGCCUCAUCAGUUCAAGGCUGCCUGCUGCGGCGCUGUCUGCUGCGCGAUGGAAAAGGUGGCGUGCACCUCUGCAAUCACGGUCAAGCUCGACUGGAGGCUAACGUGUUCAGAGGUCUCAACUAUGCAGUGCGCUGCAUCCAGAAUGCCAGAAUGGUGAUGUUGCGUAAUGAAGUGUGUGGGUGCAAGGCGUCUGGAGUGUUCCUGCGACUCUCUGCUCAAGGUCUCAUUGCUGAGAACAACAUCCAUUCAAAUGGAGAGGCGGGACUAGACAUCAGGAAAGGCGCCAAUCCUAUCAUACUGUGUAACAGAAUCCACAGUGGCUUGCGUUCUGGGAUCGUUGUCCUGGGCAACGGGAGAGGUUCAAUUCGCAGUAACCAGAUCUUUGGCAACAAGGAAGCUGGCGUGUACAUUCUUUUCAAUGGCAAUCCUGUGGUCAGUGGAAAUCACAUUUUCCAGGGGCUUGCCGCAGGCAUUGCUGUCAAUGAAAACGGAAGAGGACUGAUCACUGAGAACGUUAUUAGGCAGAAUCAGUGGGGAGGUGCUGAUAUCCGGCGAGGAGGUGAUCCAAUCCUGCGUAAUAACUUCAUCUGUUAUGGCUACUCAGAUGGAGUGGUGGUGGGAGAGAGAGGGAGAGGCAUCAUUGAAGGCAAUCACAUAUAUGGCAACAAAGGCUGUGGAGUGUGGGUUAUGUCCUCUAGUUUACCUCAGCUCAUUGGAAACUAUAUUACACAUAACCGCAUGUACGGGCUGGCUGUCUUCUGCCGGAAGGACACAGAGUCUGGACUGAGCCGAGGUGGCUACCGCCCUCUACAUGAGAGAGAUAGAGGAGUGGGACUUGCAGAGAGGGACAGAGGAGGGCCAGAGAACUUCAAUGAGGAAGGAGAACUGAUGGCAUGGGAAAGCGAUAUCGACAGCGAAGACGAGCACUUUUGCUCUCGUCGGCCAAUCACAGUUGCUCUAGUGGAAAACAACUGCAUGAGCCACAACGGAGCUGUUGGAGUCUAUGUAAAGAGUAGUGAACCUUUGAAUGUGGUGGCUAACAUGGUGAACAAUAACAGAGGAGCUGGCGUGUCUAUCAUUCAGAGUGCUCAGCUGACACGCUUAGUUGGCAACUGUGUCCUCUGUAAUGGCUGGAUGGGUGUGGCGGUGGACAGAGAGUGCCGAGUAGAACUGCGCGGCAAUGGCAUUUACAGCAACGGUUGUCAUGGUGUCUGCUUCCGAGGCGAUGGGCUGAUUGUGGAAAAUGAUGUGGUUGGAAAUAAUGCUGUUGGAAUACGAGUGAUGGACAGUGCAGAUGUUAAAGUUUUGAGGAAUCGCGUUCAGGCAUUGCGAGGUUAUGGGAUUUCUGUGAAGGAGCGGGUCAGAGGUGUCGUUCAGGAAAACCUGGUUUUUCAGGGCCACCCGAUGAGUACUAAAGCCCCAAUACGGACAAAACUGCAGAACCUGGAGUGUGUCGUACUUAACAAUUCUCUGCUCAAACCCAGAUCACAAACCCUUUGGGCCUUGGAAAAUCCACCUCCUCGUCCCCACAUUAGUAAUGCCUCCAGUGUCACCCCCUCAACCCACCCUGCUCACCUUGCCAUCACCAUGACAAACAGAAUCACUGCCUCUGUAGAAAGUGGUUGCCAUAACAACGGCAGCAUCUUCUGCUGUAUUCUAUGAGGUACAUAGCCUCAUAGCUCUUCUGCUGUAUUCUAUGAGGUACAUAGCCUCAUAGCUCUUCUGCUGUAUUCUAUGAGGUACAUAGCCUCAUAGCUCAAUGACAUGAGAUAGACAUUCAUAAAAUGUAUUCCUCAAUGUAAUUCCUUAAAGGGAUAGUUCACUCAAAAAAGAAAAUUCUAUCAUCACUAACCCUUAUGUUGUUUCAAUUCUUGACUUUCUUCUGUGAAAUACAAAAGAUUAUAGACAGAAUGUCACCAUUAACUUUCUUUACAUCUUUUUUCAUUCAAUAAAAGUGAAUAGUGACUUUGGCUAACAUUCUGCUUACAUUUUCUUGUGCGUUUCACAGAAGUCAUAUACAUUUGGAACAACAUGAGGGUGAGUAAAAUAUUUUAGCGUGAACUAUCCAUUUGAACCACCUGAGCAGAGAAGGAAAGAAGGACGGAGUAGAGCUUUAAGAAAUUCUUCACCAUGCUUGGCUGGAGGAAGAACAAUAAAAAAAAUGUUUUGCUGCCAUCCCACACAAUACAGUGCACAUUUGUAAAGCUCAAACUUGCUUUAAUCACAUUUUUAUGAGACAGAACUAGACUGGAAGACUGUGAAAUUAAGAAUGGCUGGAAGACAUUUAUCAACAAUUGAAGGAACUUCAGCCUGUUAUUAUAAUUUUACAGUAGCUGUAAACACAAAGUCAGAAGGGAGAAAGAGACCGACAUGGGAAGUAGAGGAGAGAGACUGUGCAUGUGACUAUCUCUCUUGUUCCAGAAGAACAGAUCUCUUGCUGAAAAUAGAUGAUAAACAGGUUCUCUGCACCCUGGGAAUUGUAGUCCUACUGGCUUCUGCUGAGAUUCUGCAAUGAUAACAACAUCACAGCACAGCACUUACACUUGGUACAAAGAUGCAGCCAGGUUCAGCUUCAUCACAUCAAGGGGCGAUAUUCAAGAAUUUUUAUGAACUUGUCAACCCUUCAAUCAUGUGCACUUUUCUCUUACAACCUGGCAACCCAAUUUCAACAAACUAAAUAUAAAGGUUUGGAUGGAUAUCAGAAGAAAUAAUUUAAAGGUCUUAAAUGUGAUUUCACAGUCACUGAUCCAAAUGAAUGAAUUGUUUAUUUUGAACUGUAUAUGCAAUAGGUGCUGUGAUGGCAGUUUUACUAUUUUUGGAAUGUAUAAACCAAUAUAUUGGUCCAGCUGAAUAGUAGAACCAUAUUAAAAUCAUUUUGAGGCAUGUUCUGAUGUUAAAACCUCAGUAGGUUAGAAAAUAAUGGACACUUGUUGAAAAGUAUAACUUGAAAUUAAAUUAGUCUUUAAAUAGUUCUCCAAGUCAAGCAGCAUGGGUGAAAGCAAAGCUUGAAACUGGGUUGGUUUUCUCAAGAGACUGGCUAUGUUCGGAAUAGCUUACUACACUACUACUCUUACUAAUGCUGCAGUACGUAUACUGAGUGUACACGUUGUGCAAAUUUUCUGUAUGCAUAGAAUACCCAGAUGACCAACUACAUUUGCCAAAAUAGGUAGUAUACAAUAGAGCACACUUCCCAAAUGUACUGUAUCCAACAAUGUAAUGCGCUUGGCUUGACCUUCCAUUUCCAGUGUGUUUUUGGUUUGUUCUGAGCCAAAACAGUAUUUUCAGUUCCGCAGCCCCCUUUCCAAAUUAUAAAUGUUUGGAACGAAAUAAAAGAACAGUCAAUAGCAUUCUGUUUAAAAUGACCAUACUCUGUGUUUAGGAUGAAAUGCCAGUUGCAGCAUUGCCAGAUCUCGCAAGAGAAACAAACAACCUGGUCUGGAUAAACAAGCUCAAUAAAGGGGCUUGUCUUACCCAAAGUAUGUAUUCUUCAUAUUAAAUAUAUCCCCUGAAUGAUUUCAAGUAUACAUCUGGCCAUCUAAACUUAAUAUCCCAAAUUUCUAUUUCCUACAUGCAAACACUGCGUGGGCUCAUUUGGUCUAAACACCACCUUAUGCGGACCAAAUAAUUUAAAUUCUCUGUGUACCCACUGAGAGCUGAGAUGUUCUCUCUAAUAGAGUCCCAAUUCAACUUUAUACUGAAUGAAUAACUAAAGCAGAAGGGAGCACACACUCAAUCCUGUUGGCUCUUUAGCUGUAAUAAGCCAUAUGAAAUCAAACAUUAUCAAAAGAAAGGUCAAAGUAAAAAAUAAACUAUGGAUUAUUUAAUUUGAAUACAAAUCUGCUUCUCAGUCAGAACUCAGCAGCAUUAAAUCUAUGUUAAUGCAUCAUAUCUAACAAUAAAUCAGUAGACUCUGAAACAACUGAGAAAUGUACUUUUUACCUCUAAUAUAUUUCCUUGUGUCUGGAUUAACCUUGCAUGUAGGCCUAUAUGUUGUAAUUACAAUAUAUAUAGUUGUUAAAGUAUUUAGCGUGUAAUGGAAGGCUGUAUCCACAAUGUGCAAUUCGGCAUAGAAAUGUGUGGUGCAACGGUUUACUUCAGGAUCAAAGCACAUGCUUAUUAUGUUCUACUAAAAGAUAGCUGCCUCUUUUUCUGGGCAACAGAAAGUGUUGUAAUUCUGAAAAUUUACUGAUAAACCCUUUGGUCUUUGGUUUCAUUAAAAUAUCUAAACAAAAUAAACUGGUUAUUGACCAGUUACCAGCAUUUAAAAUUAUGUUUUCACUCUGGAACAUUUCAAAAGGGAUUUUGUUCCCAUUUUUGGUUACGUUCUGCAAAAGUUUUUGUUCGUUUUCAUUCCUUGAACUCUUUUUAGUUCCUGUAAAAGACAUGUUUUUACAAAUUUGUUACACAAAAUUGUAUAUAUUUUAGGUAUUCAAGAAAACACUAGUAUAAUACUUUUAAAUGUUUAUCGUGGAAUAAUACGUACUGUUUCACAUACUAUUUUAUUUAUUUUUAUAAAAUAAGCAACAUACGGGGUACACUGCACAGUAAGUAGUAGGCUAGUAUUUAAUUCCGAACAUCAUUCAGAAUUAAGUUCAGAAUGGCGAACUAUCAAACUACUCUUACAAUUUACUACCAUAUAUAGCUAUUGCAGAAAUAGUAGUAUUGUAGUAUAUAAUUCCGAACACUGCCACUGGUCUUAUAAUGGGAUUUCCCCCCUAAAGUCUUUUAGGAGUUUAAUGCCUCACACCAGUCCUUCUAUUUCAAAAGGUAGCCAUCAUAUGUUAGUUUAACAGCUGGCUGAUUUGUAAUGUUUUCAUACCAACUAUUGGUAUGAUUGUUAAGUGCAAUAUGUAUCUACAAUGUGCCUUUUUUACAGAGUGGUUUUUAUACUUACUGUACAGUACAAAUAUAAUGGCUUUCCAUU